GAAUGUCAAUCCCCACAACAUAGUGGUUGUCCAUCGUCAAUGAUUUGUGAAAACUAUCCAGGAACGUACAUUUGUUACCUCUCAGAGCGCAGAAAACAUAUGAUUUUUUCAGGUAUUGGAGGGGCACUUGGGUUGGCAAUAUUUACGCUUCCCGUGCUGUGGUGGCUACAUAGAUUACUUAAAAAAAGAAAGAUUAAGAAGCUUAAAGAGAAGAACUUCAAGCGAAAUGGAGGUAUACUUUUACAGCAACAACUAUCAUCUAGUGAAGUCAAUGUUGAUAAGAUCAGAAUAUUCAAUUCAAAAGAGUUGGAGAAGGCUACUGACAACUUCAAUACGGUAAGAAUACUUGGUUCGGGAGGGCAAGGGUGUGUUUACAAGGGAAUGCUGGCUGAUGGAAAAAUAGUGGCAGUGAAGAAGUCAAAAUUAGUUGAUGAAAGAAAGGUGAAACAGUUCAUUAACGAGGUUGUCAUACUUUCACAAAUCCGUCAUAGGAAUGUGGUUAAGCUAUUGGGUUGUUGCCUGGAAACAGAAGUUCCUUUACUGGUUUAUGAGUUCAUACCAAAUGGGACACUUUAUCAAUACUUGCAUUCCGAACAGAACGAGGAAUUUCCGCUCACUUGGGAAAUGAGCUUACAGAUUGCCACAGAUGUUGCAGGAGCUCUUUCUUACCUUCACUCAUCUGCAUCUUUACCCAUUUACCACAGAGAUAUUAAGUCUUCAAAUAUUCUCUUGGACGAGAGGUAUAAAGCCAAGAUUGCGGAUUUUGGUGCUUCAAGAUCAAUUGACAUUGACCAAACUCAUCUCACUACUCGAGUACAAGGUACUUUUGGUUACUUGGAUCCUGAGUUUUUUCAAUCAAGCCAUUUCACAGAGAAGAGCGAUGUUUAUAGUUUUGGGGUAGUUCUUGUUGAACUCUUAACGGGAAAGAAACCAAUCACCUCAACAUUGGAAGAAAGUCAAGAAACACGAGGUUUAGCUUCGUUAUUUUUGUUAUCAAUGGAAGACAAUAAUGUCUUCGAUAUUCUUGAUACUCGAGUUUUGAAGCAUCCUAGCAAGGAACAAAUUAUGGCAGUAGCUAACCUUGCAAAAAGAUGCUUGAACCUAAAUGGGAAGAACAGACCGGCAAUGAAAGAGGUCGUGCAGCAUUUGGAAAGUAUAAGAAUGUCACAUAUGGGUUCAAUCAUUGUACAAGAUCAUGAAGAGCUGCAUCAGGACAUAGGAACUGAUCAAACAACAAGGACAUGGGAGGAGUUUCUUUUUUCAGGUACAGAAUCAUCUUCAGACACUAGUUCUUAGGCGUUGAUGACAUUUAUUAGCAGUUGGAAGAUUUUUACUAUGCUUGCAUAUCCAAUCAGACAUGCAUACCAGUAUGUAAAACAACAAUUAGAGAAGUAGGCAGGGCAGGUAUCGAAACCACCGACAUUUUCUAUGUUCUUAGUUAUUCUUGGAUAUUUGAAGCUAGGGGCGGACGCAGGAAUUUAUGUGGCAAAGUUAAAGGGAGUCUGAGGGCAAAGCUUGCGGAAUUUUUGUUUGGUUUAUUAAUUAUGCAUAAAAAGUAUAAAAAUUCAGUUAUUUUAUCUAUGAACUUCAACAAAUCAGUUUAGGUUGUCAAGGCUAUACAAUUUUUUCUAUGAGUUUAGGUGUAUCAAAUUUCAUUUCGCAUAAGGCAUUGGAAUGGGUAAAAUGUCACAGGAAGAAUUUCUGGAAUUCAAACACAAGUUAUGAUAAUCUAAAUCACAAUGUUUGUUCAUUCCUAUCCUAUUAUAGAAAUUCAUAACACAAAUCAUUCUAAAAAGGGAAGCAAAUCUUUCCCCGGAAAGUUUUAGUCACAUUCACAAGCACUAUUCUCUUUCUUUUCCAAAAUUAGAAAGUGAAAGAAGUGAUCAGGCGGAACCUGGCAGUCAAAGUGGCGUGAGAGCGAGUAGAGGAGAUCUGGUUCACGACCCGCUUCCCCAAGCUCCUGGUCCCUCUGCUCUCUGCAUUUCGGAGGUUGCCAAAAGAGGGCAAAUGCCUAAUUCGUACUCGUAGCAGAGAAAUACGAGAGGCACAAAGAGAACCGGGCUGGGCCAAAGAAAGGCCCAAAGCAUAUCUGGGUGUAGAAAGGAAGCCGAAGAACUAAACAACUUUCCAUGUCCCUUUGACAACCGGAAAACAAGCAUCGGUUCAAGUUAACAUCAGAGGGGAAAGCAAGCCCAGGCGGUGGUAUUGGCGAUCCGAAUCAAGUCAGUGUUGGAAGUUUUUGACCGCACACUAAUGGUUAGGAUUUUUCAAGGACUUGCGUUGAUUCUCUGGAAUCGAAAGGAAACGUGUUUUUCCAAGAUGGGCACAAGAAUGUUGCUAAACACUUCAGAUUUGGUUGAAAGAUAUCUGAUUUGCUCUGCAAUUUCCAUGUCCUGGGGAAGAACAUGACCAAAAACACUGUAUGCUCUUCUCCACUCAUUGUGGUUCGCAGUUCCCACAGGCCAGAAUCAACCCAUGCAACCUAUCCUCGUCUAAUUGUCUGGCAGGCCAUGGUCAGAAUUUCCUUAAACUCUAUACCUAAAUAUUAAAUUCUAGGGAUAAAUAUGAAAAUGGCCCCGGUACUUUGUUUUUUAGUUCUAAAAAGCCCCUCAACUAUUCUCUUUAUUUCCUUCACUCAUCUGCAUCUUUACCUAUUUACCACAGAGAUAUUAAGUCUUCAAACAUUCUCUUGGAUGAGAGGUAUAAAGCCAAGAUUGUGGAUUUUGGUACUUCAAGAUCAAUGGACAUUGACCAAACUCAUCUCACUACUGGAGUACAAGGUACUUUUGGUUACUUGGAUCCUGAGUUUUUCCAAUCAAGCCAUUUCACUGAGAAGAGCAAUGUUUAUAGUAUCGGGGUAGUUCUUGUUGAACUCUUAACAGGAAAGAAACCAAUCACCUCAACAUUGGAAGAAACACAAGGAUUAGCCUCCUUAUUUGUGGUAUCAAUGGAAGACAAUAAUGUCUUCGAUAUUCUCGAUACUUGAGUUUUGGGGCAUCCUAGCAAGGAACAAGAUAUGGCAGUUGCUAACCUUGCAAAAAGAUGCUUGAACCUAAAUGGGAAGAACAGACCAGCUAUGAAAGAGGUCGUGCAGCAUUUGGAAAGUAUCAGAAUGUCACAAAUGGGUUCAAUCAUUGUACAAGAUCAUGAAGAGCUGCAUCAGGACAUAGGAACUGAUCAAACAACAAGGACAUGGGAGGAGUUUUUUUGUUCAAGUACAGAAUCAUAUGCAGAAACUAGUUCUUUAGGCAUUGAUGUCAUUUAUUAGGAGUUGGAAGAUUUUUAUUAUGCAUGCAUAUCCUUAUUACCUGUGUGCAAUGGAAAUGUGGUACUGUCAAUUUCUUGUCAUCCAAUCAGGCAUGUCAGGCAUCGAAAACACAGACAUUUUCUAUGUUCUUAGUUAUUCAUCUAUCUAUGAAAGAUCUAUGCUUUAAUCCA